AUGUUCAUAGUGCUUCCCUGUAUCGCCGACAUCAUCCUGGGAUGGGACUUUCUGUCUUCAACAGAAGCAUUCAUUGACUGUGCCAGCCGUGAAUUGCAUCUCAACUCUUCUGAUACUGCCGAGGUUGCUGCUGAUGGUUCGCUCGUCACCCUGGUAGCCGACACUGACAUACUGCUGCCUCCGAGUCCGUACGCUGCCGCUGUCGCCACACUCGUACCGACCCUACCCACCGCAGCAACUUCUGGUCUCAUUGAACCCAUCUCUACGCAGCUCGUGACCAAGGGCAUAAUAAUUCCCUAUUCACUUGCUACACUCACGAGUGGAAAACUUCAGUUAUGGGUAACCAACUGUUCUUCCGAAGCCCAAAUCGUUCCUUCCGGAAGUCGUGUCGCUACAAUGCACUCAACAGUGCAUCACCAAUUUGCCAGUCUCCUCCCCAUCACUUCAGACGCGCUCCCUACACCACCUGAUUUCAGCAAGCACGUGGAAAAAAUGAUCGACCCCCGCCUACCACUGAACCAACGACAUAUAUUAGCCCGUCUUCUUGCAGACUACGAAACCCUUUUUGACAUUAACCCUGGAAAGUUGCCGCAAACUUCGCUUAUAGAGCACCGAAUUGAUACUGGCGAUUCAUCACCCGUUCGAAGCCGACCGUACAGAGUUUCCUCAGCCGAACGCCGAGUAAUUCAGACACACAUAGAUGAUAUGCUCCAAAAGAAAGUAAUCGAACCAUCUUCUAGUCCAUGGUCUUCACCCGUUGUUCUUGUUAAGAAG